UUGGCAUUGACUUGGGAACCACCUAUUCACGUGUUGGAAUAUGGAAAGACGAUAAAGUUGAAAUUAUUCCUAAUGAUCAUGGUAAUCUCUUUACACCUUCGUGCGUUGCCUUUUCCUACGCAGGGCCAGUAAUUGGUGAUAAUGCCAAAAACCAAAUUUCAACGAACCUUUACAAUACAAUAUACGAUGCAAAACGACUAAUUGGUCGUCAGUUUUGGGAUCCAAAAGUACAAUCAAACAUAAAGUAUUGGCCAUUCAAAGUUAUUAAUAAGAAUGGGAGACCCUAUAUUCAAGCUACACACAGGGGCAAAAUCAAACAGUUUUCACCAGUAGAGAUUUUAUCAAUGUUGUUAUGCAAAUUGAAAGAUUCGGCUGAAAUUUAUCUUAAGGAACGAGUCACAGAUGCAGUAAUCACCGUGGAUUCCAAUUACAAUUACCUACAACGUCAAGCUAUAAGAGAUGCUGCUAAAAUUUCUGGAUUAAACGUUCUUCGAUUAACUAGCGGACCAAUAGCAGCAACAAUUGCUUACAGCUUAGAUAAUAGAGUUUCCGGAGAACGUGACAUAGUUAUUUUUGAUUUUGGCGGUGGCUCUCUUGAUGUAUCUCUCAUAACUAUUGAGGAAAGAAUAUUGGAAGUAAAAGCAACCGCAGGAAAUGCCCAUUUAGGUGGUCAAGAUUUCAAUAAACGCCUUGUAAAUCACUUUAUUGAGGAAUUUAAACGUAAAUUUAAAAAGGAUCUCACUACAGACAAGCGUGCACUAUGUCGUCUUCAGACUGCUUGCGAACGUGCAAAAUGUACACUGUCGUCAUCCAAACAAGCUUUUAUUGAAAUUGACAGCAUUUUUGAAGGGAUUGAUUUUCAUACUUCAUUAACUAGAAAUAUAUUCGUAGAUCUAAAUGAAGAUUUGUUUCGAUACAUUAUAGAGCCUAUUGAGACAGUGCUCAAAGAUGCAAGAGUUGACAAAUCACAGAUUCAUGAAGUAAUAUUAGUUGGUGGCUCCACACGCAUUCCAGAGAUCCGGAAAAUAAUUUCUGAUUUUUUUAAUGGAAAAAAAUUAAAUAUGUCACUUAAUCCCGAUGAAGUCAUUGCCUACGGAGCAGCUAUAAAUGCAGCCUAUUUGUCUGGAAUUCGCACAGAAAAAUUAAAGGAUUUAUUAUGUCUUAAUGUUAUUUCUCAAUCACUUGGCAUUGGGACAAACGACGGAGAAAUGGGAAAAAUUAUAAAACGUAAUAGUACAAUACCUACAGAGAAAACCAGAAUUUUUACUACGUAUUUAGAUAAUCAAACCAAAUUCACAAUAAAGGUGUACGAGGGCGAAAUAGCACGAGCUGUGGACAAUAAUUUACUUGGAGAGUUUGAAUUUACUGGUAUAUCACCUGCGCCUAAAGGCGUAUCUCAAAUCGAAGUUACUUUCGACAUUGAUAGCAACGGCUUUCUUAAAGUAUUAGCUCGAGAUAUAAACUCCGGACAACAUAAUAAAUUUAUCGUCACCAAUGAUAAAAAUCGAUUAUCAAACAAAGAAAUCGAACAAAUGAUCGAAGAUGCUAAAAAACACCGCGCUGAAGAUCAAAGGGUUAAACAAAAAGAACAAGCACGUAAUAAUUUUGAAAGACAUUUAGGAAAUUUACAAAAUAUUUUUCAGGAAACUAUUACAUGGUUCGAUGAUAAUCAAGAAGCAGAAAGGGAAGAAUACGAGCGUAAACGCGAAAAUAUCAUUGACCAAAUAUUAAGUGAACGCGAAGAAUUCCAGAUAAAUAAUUAA